UCUAGGGUUUUAUAUUUCCUCCGCAGCUCGAACACACUAGUGAGAGAGAGAGAGGUGAGGGAGAGAGAGAGAGUGAGAGGCGCCGCCCGUAGAUCUGCACAUCAUUUAACAACAUGGCGAGAGGUUUGAAGAAGCACUUGAAGAGGCUCAAUGCACCCAAGCAUUGGAUGUUGGACAAGCUUGGUGGUGCUUUUGCCCCCAAACCAUCGUCCGGGCCUCACAAAUCCAGGGAGUGCUUGCCAUUGAUUCUGAUUCUCCGAAACAGACUCAAGUAUGCCCUAACUUACCGUGAGGUCAUUGCUAUCCUUAUGCAACGCCACAUUCUCGUUGAUGGCAAAGUCAGGACCGACAAGACCUAUCCUUCUGGUUUCAUGGAUGUUGUCUCUAUUCCAAAAACCAACGAGAACUUCCGUCUUCUGUACGAUACCAAGGGCAGAUUUAGGCUGCACUCCAUCAGGGAUGAGGAAGCUAAGUUCAAGCUGUGCAAAGUCCGUUCGAUUCAGUUCGGAAAGAAGGGCAUUCCGUACCUGAACACCUACGAUGGAAGGACCAUCCGCUACCCAGACCCACUCAUCAAGGCAAACGACACCAUCAAGCUCGAUCUGGAGACCAACAAAAUUGCAGACUUCAUCAAGUUCGACGUGGGCAAUGUUGUGAUGGUGACAGGUGGCAGGAACAGGGGCCGUGUUGGGAUUCUCAAGAACCGUGAGAAGCAUAAGGGAAGCUUCGAGACUGUCCACAUCCAGGAUUCCACAGGCCACGAGUUUGCUACUCGAUUGGGCAAUGUCUACACUAUCGGUAAGGGCUCCAAGCCGUGGGUUUCUCUUCCCAAGGGUAAGGGUAUUAAGUUGACGAUCAUCGAGGAAGCUAGGAAGAGGAUUACUUCCCAAUCCGCAACUGCUUAAGUAGAUAUAAUUACCCGAGUUUUUCGUUCGUGAAUGUGUUGGCUGAAGUAGUAGUACCAUGAGAUGAUGUCGUUUUGGAUAUUUAUAGUAUCCUUUUUGAGGGAACUUGUGAUGCUAUCUUCUGUUAAGUUUUUUUGACGAUUUAUAUUUGUUUUGUUUUGUCGGUUGGAUUAUUUAAUUUUGGAUAAUUUUACUGCAAUUUCAUAAGCUUGUUUUGUUCAUC